AUGCGAGGCGAGUGUGUCAACACUACUCCACCAGCGCACACUACACAAAUCUGGAUCUUCAUGUCUGAACUAGCAAACAUGCUUAACAUAAAAGAACAACAGUUCACACUGACAGCGGCACUUUUGUUACGUCUACAGGCGCAGAGGAAGCAGAGGUACACUCCUUUGUAUUUCGCAUUGUUUCUUUUUACAAGAGACUCAAUCGAAUCUGUCGUUUAUGAUAUUGUUCAACUGGAUGCCCUGCACGAAGGCCACCUCAUGUUUCAGUUGGUGCAAUAUUCGAGAUAUCACAGUAUAUUUGCGUGGAGGAAACUGCUCACAAGGUUGCUGAGAACUCUUUGA